GAGGGAGGAAGGGAAGGGGAGGAGGCGAAGGGCAGAGUGUGCCGGCGCGCUGGGGAGCUUCCGCGCGGGGCGCGUCCCGGAGCCGAAGUUGCGGCCGCAGCUCAGAGCCAGCCCCUCCCCUGCCCGGAGCCGCCCCGAACGGCGACACCCCGGGCAUUCAGGCCGGCGAGCCAGGGCUGCGGCGGGCCCCGUACUCAGCCGCGAGCACUGCGGGAGGGAUGGUGGCGGCGGGGCGUGGGCCAGUGCAGCCGCCACCGACUCCCGCCCGGCCCCGAGCACUGUGAAUCCCGGCUGCGGGCUGGGCAUGCGGCUGUGGCCCCCGACCCUCGGCCCCCGCGCACCAGACCGGAACGCACGCCCCCUCGGAGUCCACCGCCCGCACCACCGCUGAACCGGGCGUCCCCACCAUGCCGCGGGCCGGGGCGCCCCUGUACGCCUGCCUCCUUGGGCUCUGCGCCCUGGUGCCCAGGCUUCCAGGUCUCAACAGAUGCACUAGUGGAAGUGCCACCUCUUGUGAAGAAUGUCUGCUAAUCCAUCCAAAAUGUGCCUGGUGCUCGAAAGAGAACUUCGGCAGUCUGCGGUCGGUCGCCUCCCGGUGCGACUUGAGGGCAAACCUGGUCAAAAACGGCUGUGGAGAUGAGUUCGAGAGCCCGGCCAGCGUCACUGAGGUGCUGCGGAGCCUGCCUCUCAGCAGCAAGGGCUCCGGCUCUGCAGGCUCAGACGUCAUUCAGAUGACGCCGCAGGAGGUCGCGGUGAGCCUGCGGCCUGGUGACAAGACUACGUUCCAGCUGCAGGUUCGACAGGUGGAGGACUAUCCUGUGGACUUGUACUACCUGAUGGACCUCUCCCUGUCCAUGAAGGAUGACUUGGACAACAUCCGCAGUCUGGGCACCAAGCUCGCUGAGGAGAUGAGGAAGCUCACCAGCAACUUCCGGUUGGGGUUUGGCUCUUUUGUAGACAAGAACAUUCCUCCUUUCUCCUACACAGCACCAAGGUACCAGACCAAUCCAUGCAUUGGUUACAAGUUAUUCCCAAACUGUGUCCCAUCCUUUGGGUUCCGCCACCUGCUGCCGCUCACAGACAGAGUUGACAGCUUCAAUGAGGAAGUUCGGAAACAGAGGGUGUCCCGGAACCGCGAUGCCCCCGAGGGGGGCUUUGAUGCAAUACUCCAGGCAGCUGUCUGCAAGGAGAAGAUUGGCUGGCGAAAGGAUGCCUUGCACUUGCUGGUCUUCACAACGGACGACGUGCCCCACAUCGCACUCGACGGAAAACUGGGGGGCCUGGUACGGCCGCACGAUGGCCAGUGCCACCUGAACGAGGCCAACGAGUACAUUGCGUCCAACCAGAUGGACUAUCCAUCCCUUGCCUUGCUUGGAGAGAAGUUGGCAGAGAACAACAUCAACCUCAUCUUUGCAGUGACAAAAAACCAUUAUAUGCUCUACAAGAAUUUUACAGCCCUGAUACCUGGAACAACAGUGGAGAUUUUACAUGGAGACUCCAAAAAUAUUCUUCAACUGAUUAUCAAUGCGUACAACAGCAUCCGAUCUAAGGUGGAGCUGUCAGUCUGGGAUCAGCCCGAAGACCUUAACCUCUUCUUCACUGCCACCUGCCAGGAUGGUGUAUCCUACCCUGAUCAGAGGAAGUGUGAGGGCCUGAAGAUCGGGGACACGGCGUCCUUUGAGGUAUCGGUGGAGGCAUGGAGCUGCCCGGGCAAACACACAGAGCAAAUGUUCACCCUACGGCCUGUGGGCUUCCGGGACAGCCUGGAGGUGAGGGUCACCUACAACUGCAAGUGUGGCUGCAGCGCAGGGCUGGAGCGGGACAGCCCCAGAUGCAGUGGGAACGGGACUUACGUUUGCGGUCUGUGUGAGUGCAACCCCAGCUACCUGGGCACCAGGUGCGAGUGCCAGGAAGGGGAGAACCAGAGAGGAUACCAGAACCUGUGCCGGGAAGCAGAGGGCAAGCCCCUGUGCAGCGGGCGCGGGGAGUGCAGCUGCAGCCAGUGCUCCUGCUUCGAGAGCGAAUUCGGGAAGAUCUACGGGCCUUUCUGCGAGUGCGACAACUUCUCCUGCGCUAGGAACAAAGGAGUUCUCUGCUCAGGACACGGUGAAUGUCAUUGCGGAGAAUGCAAGUGCCACGCAGGUUAUAUCGGGGACAACUGUAACUGCUCGACAGACAUCAGCGCAUGCCGGGGCAAGGAUGGCCAGGUCUGCAGUGACCGCGGGCACUGUGUCUGCGGGCAGUGCCAGUGCACAGAGCCAGGAGCCUUUGGGGAGACAUGUGAGAAGUGCCCAACCUGCCCAGAUGCGUGCAGCACCAAGAGAGAUUGUGUCGAGUGCUUGUUGCUUCAUUCGAGGAGCCCGGUUGACAACCAGACCUGCCAAACCCUGUGCAAGGAUGAGGUGAUCACAUGGGCGGACACCAUCGUGAAAGACGACCAGGAAGCUGUCCUCUGUUUCUACAAAACUGCCAAGGACUGUGUCAUGCUGUUCACCUACACAGAGCUGCCCGGGGGGAAGUCCAACCUGACGGUCCUCAGGGAGCCAGAGUGUGGAACAGCCCCCAAUGCCAUGACCAUCCUCCUGGCCGUGGUUGGCAGUAUCCUUCUGAUUGGGAUGGCGCUCCUGGCCAUCUGGAAGCUGCUUGUCACCAUCCACGACCGGAGAGAGUUUGCGAAGUUCCAGAGUGAACGAUCCAGGGCCCGCUAUGAAAUGGCUUCAAACCCUCUGUACAGAAAGCCCAUCUCCACACACACGGUGGAUCUCACCUUCAACAAAUUUAACAAAUCCUACAAUGGCACAGUGGACUGACGGCUCCUUCUCCUUCGAGGGCUGGAGGGGGCAAAUGAUAAAGUCAGAGACUGAGACGCUUUGGACAGCUGCUGGACUCAGUCACAGCUCCCUAGAUAGACAAGCACAGAGACCUUGCAGUGAGCCUGGGGGAGGAGCCAGCCCUGCUUGCAUGGGAAGGCACCCAGCCAUGACACCUGGCUGCUGGGGCAGACCCAUGCUCAGCAGCCACCCCUCCGAGCCUCGGAAAGGCCAGGGGAGUUUGACGCUCUUGGUCCCACCCACCACGUCCAGCCUGUCCUGUCCAUGAACUGCUGAGAUGCUGUGCUGCCUUGCAGGGCCAGGCCUCCAGUCUGGCCAGAGGAGAAGGCUCCUGGGAGUGUCAGUGGAUAAAAUCGAUGCAUGGUCUGGCUUUUUUCGUGUUUGAUUAUUUUUAUACGAAAUAAAAAGAUCAUGCAUUUAUGGUGUAGUUCUGAUUCCUGAGAGUUGUCUGCCUGAUGUCUGUGCCUUGCACAUGGGUGUUGGUGAUGGAAUUACUGAGACGCCUGUUGAAGGCAUGGAGUUUACAAGUGUCAAUUUUCCUCUUUUGUCCAUGUUUGUUUAGUACUUUUGUAAUGGAAAGGAAAGAGAUUGUUGGGGAUUGGAAGUAAAGAU